AUGGCUGCAGGCAUGACAGUUCCCUAUGACACCAUGGGGCUGCAGACGGCCGAUCUCAUCACCAACCAGUGGCCCCUGCGGUCCGGCGAAACGCGGCCUCAGGAGUUCUUCAAGACCUCCCAUGACUACGGCGUCCACGUCCCUUGCCAUGCCGGGCAGAGCUACCAGGCGCCCUGCAUUCCCGCCGGCACCUCGAAGCGCAUGGGCGCCUUCUACUCGAAGACCGGGGUCAUGCAGCAUCGCACAGAGCCUGGCUUCCGAGACAAGAAGGGCAACUCCACGCUCACGGAGCUGCCUAUGAGGGACUACGGGACCCUGCGGCGGUCCACCAGGUUCCCAAAUACCGGCACCCUCAUGCUCGAGCGCAGUGCGCCGCCUCUGCCAGGGUCGGAGAGGCUGACGAUUGCGGCCCCGAGUGAGCGGCCGCCAAGCGAUGCGGGCAGCAGGAGGUCGAACGUCAGCAAGGCAUCCAGUAGGCGCUCGCAGGCCUCCCAGGUCUCAAGAGCCAGCUCACAGCCCAGCUGGGCCCGUCGAACGGCGACGCAGCAGAGGGCCCAGGGCUGGAAUUUCGACGCGCUGCCCUUCUACGAAAGGAGCAACGCGACGUACGGCAAGACCUGGCGUGAGGCAGAGUCGCACUACGCCGUCAAGCCAGCUGGAAAGUCCGAGUCCGGCUAUGUGGACCCACAAGAGCUGAUUGCAACGUUGACGCGCCCCGACUACUGA